GAGAGAGAGAGAGAGAGAGAGAGAGAGAGAGAGAGAGAGAGAGAGAUAGAGAGAGAGAGAUGCCAAGGCUGAUCCUGAAACCCGGGAGCAGGCCGCCGUGGGUCGGCUUAGCCGCCGCCGUGUGGGUGCAGAUGGCGGCGGGAAGUGGUGCGACAUUUCCGCUUUACUCCGCCGCACUGAAAUCGGUGUUGGGCUUCAACCAACAACAAGUCACCAUCUUGGGUGUCGCCAAUGACUUCGGUGAGAACGUCGGUCUCCUUCCUGGUUACGCCUGCAACAAGCUUCCCCCAUGGGCCGUCCUCCUCGUCGGAGCCGUUGCUUGUUUCCUCGGCUUCGGUGUUCUCUGGCUCGCCGUCACCGAGACUGUUCAGGGUUUGCCCUUUUGGCUGCUAUUUCUAGCGCUAGUAAUCGCCACAAAUGGAAACUCAUGGUUUAACACAGCGGUGCUUGUCACCAACAUGAGGAACUUCCCUCUCAGCCGAGGCACUGUCGGUGGCCUUCUCAAAGGCUAUGUCGGUAUCAGUGGAGCUGCAUACACUGUUCUAUACAGCAUGAUGCUUAGCCAUUCUGCUUCAAAUCUUCUACUUCUCCUCACGGUUGGGGUCCCGAUAUUAUGCUUAGUCGUGAUGUACUUUGUCCGUCCCUGUACUCCUUCUGGCGAAGACUCUUCCGAGCAUGUCCAUUUCACUUUUGUCCUAUCGACAAGUAUAUUGCUUGCUACCUAUCUGCUUGUCACGACCAUAGUGAGUGAGGUGGUUUCCUUGACAAGUGUAGUCAAAUAUGUGCUACUGGCUACUAUGGUGGUUCUUUUGAUGUCUCCUCUGGCAAUUCCCAUCAAGAUGACGUUUUUCCGUGCAAAUUCCAGGAGGAACAGCCCUCUUGCUGGUUCUUCGGACAAUUUAAUCCAAGAAGAUAGUGAGUCAACCGAGAAAGAGCCAUUUCUGACACAUUCUUCAUCAGCUUCAUACCUCGGCUCUCUUUUCGAUGAGGAUCCAACCGAUAUGGAGAUACUUCUCGCUGAAGGGGAAGGAGCCGUGAAGAAGAAGAGGAAACCCCGAAGAGGAGAGGAUUUCAAGUUUGGAGAAGCUUUCGUGAAGGCCGAUUUUUGGCUACUUUGGUUCGUGUAUUUCCUCGGGACGGGUUCAGGCAUAACUGUCUCGAACAACCUCGCCCAGAUUGGCUUUGCGUUUGGAGCUAAGGACACGACAAUAAUCUUGUGCCUCUUUAGCUUCUGCAACUUCAUUGGUCGUCUCACUUCAGGUUCCAUUUCCGAGCACUUUGUCAGGUCAAGAACGCUUCCAAGAACGCUAUGGAUGGGAGUUGCACAGUUCUUUAUGGCGAUAACGUUUCUCAUCUUUGCGAUAUCUUUGAAACACACCCUUUACAUCGCAACCGCCCUCCUCGGGAUUGGCACGGGUUUCCAGUUCUUAUCCAUCUCCACCGUCUCUGAACUCUUUGGUCUGAAGCAUUUCGGGAUCAACUUCAACUUCAUACUUCUCGGCAACCCAAUCGGGGCCACCAUUUUCUCGGCCGUUCUUGCUGGUCACGUCUACGACAUGGAAGCCGAAAAGCAAGGGAGCCAAACCUGCAUCGGCCCUGACUGCUUCCGUCUAACGUUCCUGGUUCUAGCUGGAGCCUGCGGCCUCGGAACAUUGCUAAGCAUCAUUCUGACAGUCAGAAUCCGCCCGGUUUACCAAGCUCUCUACGCUUCAGGCUCUUUCCGAUUGCCACAUACUUCUUCUUCAGAUCAUUAGAAACGUCUCAGACAUAAAUAUGUCUGAUUAUAGAUGCGAUCUAUCUCAUAGUUAUAGCUCAGAUUUCAUGGAGCGGCCAUUUUUUUUGGGUGUGUUUUGUGAUGUGUAUUAUUCCGGUGGCUCAGUGGCCAACCGAUGUGAGAGUGUAAUGUAAGGUUCUGUUGUAUUUGUCUUCCUCGUGAUCAUGAUAUUGUAAUGUUGCGUUUCUUGAUGUUUGUAACUUGGCAUUGAUCAAUGUACUUGUUAACCGGAUUAUACCAAAUUACCAAUA